AAGCCAACUAGGAAGCCGAGAGGGUUCGUUGAAGAACUAAACCAUUGAAACCAUAAAUACUGGAUGUUGACCAAGGCUGUUUCCACUGUAUCUUUCACCGGUACUUCAGAACCAAAUUAAUCCCACAUGGACUUCCAAUUUCCUAAAGAUCAUGAGUCCUCGUCGUCGUCGACGGCGUCUUCGUUGAUACAGAGAGAUGUUGAGUGUAUGAGAGACUAUUACAGGUCUGGAAUUACCAAAGAAGCUUCCUGGAGGAAGUCUCAGCUUAAAGCUUUGCUUUCUCUCCUCCAUGACAACCAGGAACAUAUUUUCAACGCUCUUAAACAAGAUCUAGGAAAACACCAUGUCGAGGCUUUCAGAGAUGAGAUAGGAACGCUUAUAAAAUCUUUGAAUUACGCAUUGAAGAAUCUGAAACAGUGGAUGUCAACAAAAGAGGUAAAGCUGCCAAAAAUUGCCUUGCUAAGCACUGCACAAGUGGUUCAUGAGCCACUGGGCCUUGUUCUCAUUUUCUCCUCGUGGAAUUUUCCAAUUGGGUUGUCAUUGGAGCCACUGAUAGGAGCAGUGGCAGCUGGAAACGCAGUGGUCUUAAAACCGUCAGAGUUGGCUCCCAUGUCUUCGUCACUGCUAGCAAGCACCAUUCCCACUUACUUAGACGACAAAGCUGUUAAGGUUGUCCAAGGAGGCUCUGAUAUUGGCCAGCUACUUCUGCAGCACAGAUGGGAUAAGAUUUUCUUUACGGGGAGUGCAAGAGUGGGGAAGAUUGUGAUGUCUGAAGCAGCGAAGUAUUUAACACCAGUUACAUUGGAGUUGGGAGGAAAAUGCCCUGCUAUUGUUGAUUCCCUUUCAAGUUCUUGGGAUAGACAAGAGGCUGUAAAAAGAAUUGUUGUUGGGAAAUUUGGGACAUGUGCUGGUCAGGCAUGCAUAUCGGUGGAUUACAUCCUAGUAGAGAGAAAGUUUUUAUCCACAUUGGUAGAGUUAAUGAAGGUGACAAUCAGCAAAAUGUUUGGGGAAAAUCCAAGAAAGUCAAACAGUAUUGCAAAGAUAGUUAACGAACAACAUUUGAUGAGGUUGAAAGGUCUUAUAGAUGAUCCUCUGGUUAAACCUUCUAUUGUUUAUGGCGGAUCAAUCGACGAAGACCACUUGUUUAUGGAGCCAACGAUCUUGGUAGAUCCCCCUCUUGAAGCACAAGUUAUGGCAGACGAAAUCUUUGGCCCAGUACUUCCAAUCAUUGCUUUAGAGAAGAUUGAAGACAGCAUAGAGUUUAUAAAUUCAAGACCUAAAGCACUUGCUCUUUAUGUCUUCACAAAAAGUAAAACACUUCAGAGAAGAUUGAUAUCGGAAACCUCAUCUGGAAGUGUAAACAUUAAUGAUGCAAUUGUUCAGUAUGCUGCUGACACUCUGCCGUUUGGAGGAGUUGGAGAAAGUGGGUUUGGAAAAUACCAUGGAAAGUUUUCGUUUGAAACUUUCAGUCAUGAGAAAGCAAUAACAAAAAGAAGCUUCCUAACAGAUUUUUGGUUUAGAUAUCCUCCAUGGAGCUACCAUAAACUUCAGCUCUUUCAAAAUGCAUAUAACUUUGAUUAUCCCGGAAUGCUUCUUGUCAUCCUUGGAUUGAAGAGCCAUCAACAAGCCUCGUUGUUUAAUAAUUAACUUCAAUUUUAUUUUUAAUUCUUUUCUAUUUUUAAAUUUCUAAUUGCUUAGUACCAUAUUAUAUAUAGAAAUGUUAUGAUGGGAAAGUGCUAUAUAUAUAUAUAUAAUAAUUUUAUGGUGCAGACAGUCCGUAUAUAGACUGUAUCAAAAAUUAAUAUUUAAAAAAAAAAACGUCGAUUUUGCUAUGUACGUUGUGUACAUAUAUACAACAAAGCUGACGUGUUUUUUUCAAAAAAUAUCCGUUUUUUGUUCGGUCCGCAUACGGAUUGUCCGUACUAUAAAAUAUUCCUAUAUAAUAUAUGUAUAUGUGUAUAUAUUUAUUGAUCUCCUGUACAAUGUGGGUGAGUGGGGGUGUGUACUUGGCUUUUUCUUUCUUAUAUCCAAUAUUAGAAGAGAAAGAGAAUGAACCAUGGAUGGUACGUGCAUCCCGGUGGAUGAUAUGUAUCGUAUGUGCGGCUUGAUUUUCAUGUAAAACCUGUACUUCUGCAAUAGUCAUGCAAUGGAUUACUUUAAUUUCGAUGACAUUAAUAUUAAGAAUAUGGAGAUUAAAUA